GUGGUUUUAACUACCGCUAAGACUUUCGUGUUCCGGUUUAAGACACGAGAGAAAAAACCUUCAUAGAUUACAUGUCUAGCAUGGAGAUAGGUGGUGAAAAAGACCAGUUCAAUAAAUAUGCUUUUGCAUGUGCAGUAGUGGCUUCCAUGAUAUCCAUUAUAUUUGGAUAUGAUACCGGUGUUAUGAGUGGAGCCAUGAUAUUCAUAAAGGAGGAGUUUGGAAUCAGUGACACCCAACAAGAAGUUCUAGCAGGAAUCUUAAACCUUUGUGCAUUAGUAGGUUCUUUAGCUGCUGGAAGAACUUCUGAUUACAUUGGCCGACGCUACACGAUUGCUUUAGCCUCUAUCCUUUUCAUGGUUGGUUCCCUUCUCAUGGGAUAUGGUCCAAACUACACAAUUCUGAUGUUGGGAAGGUGUGUUGCUGGUAUUGGUGUGGGUUUUGCUCUUUUGAUAGCGCCAGUUUAUUCAGCAGAAAUUUCCUCAGCUAAAUCUCGAGGUUUUCUAACAUCUUUACCCGAGCUUUGUAUUGGUAUCGGAAUUUUACUUGGUUACCUGGCAAACUAUUUUUUAGGAAAACUAACUUUGAAGAUUGGGUGGAGAUUGAUGCUUGGUAUUGCAAUAGUUCCUUCAAUUGCUUUGGCUUUGGGCAUUCUAACAAUGCCUGAGUCACCGAGGUGGUUGGUGAUGCAUGGCCAUUUAGGAAAAGCCAAGAAAGUUUUGUUGCAAGUUUCAAAUACAGAACAAGAAGCUGAACUUCGAUUUAAGGAUAUAAAGCUUGCUGCUGGGAUCGACGAGAAUUGUCCAGAGGAAAUGGUUAAAUUCCCUAAAAAAAACCAUGGUGAAGAGGUUUGGAAAGAGUUAAUUGUGCGACCCUCUCAAUCUGUUCGUUGGAUGCUGAUUGCAGCUGUGGGAAUUCACUUUUUUGAACAUGCAACUGGAAUAGAAGCUGUGAUGCUAUAUAGUCCAAGAAUCUUUAAAAAAGCAGGUGUUACCACUAAGGACAAGCUCUUGCUUACAACUAUUGGAGUAGGCCUUACAAAAAUAUUUUUCUUGAUAAUAGCCUCAUUUUUGUUAGACAAAGUUGGAAGAAGACGUCUCUUACUUAUAAGCACUGGAGGAAUGGUCUGUAGUCUUACAGUGUUAGGAUUCAGCUUGACCAUGGUGCAUAUUUCUCAGGAAAAGCUUUUAUGGGCCUUGGCACUUAGCAUAGUAGCUACUUACACAUUCGUGGCCUCUUUUAAUAUUGGGCUUGGACCUGUCACAUGGGUGUAUAGCACAGAGAUUUUUCCUUUGAAGCUGAGAGCACAAGGAGCAAGUAUAGGAGUUGCAGUGAAUAGAGUCAUGAAUGCUGCUGUUUCUAUGAGUUUUAUUUCAAUCUAUAAAACAAUCACCAUAGGGGGAGCCUUUUUCAUGUUUGCUGGUAUAUCUAUAUUAGCUAUGAUGUUCUUCUACUUUUUCCUACCCGAAACCAAGGGCAGGGCCUUGGAAGAGAUGGAGAUGGUUUUCAGCAAAAGUUAUACUAAUAAGAACGUAGUUGCAGAAACUGAGCUGAGGGAGAAUAUGUAAUAUGUGUGUGGGUUACUUGAGAUACAGUAUUUGAGAGACAAUGGUAUGUGUACUCUGUGUUUUUUAUAUAAAUAUAAUAUCAUAAUAUUAUGCCUU